AUGGGCACAGUCCAGUCCCAGAAGCAGAACGAAGUACCCGUUCCACAGCACCUCGACCGAUGGUGGCAUAUCGAGGACGAAUGCGCACCGGCUGGCGUGAACUUUGAUCGUACCCUGCAGAUAUCAGCGUGGCAUGAGGCCCGCAAUGCACUGCAAAAAGCCGGUGAAGUGGAGUCCUUCCGGGUGGUACUUGCACAGAUCAUUUUCGCCCUGACACAACGGCCUGUGGAGGCAGACGGGGCUCAGGAUGAGCAGAACGCUCUUUCGAAGACCGAACUACUGGCGACCGACGCCUGCACGGAAGUCCCGAUGGAACAGACCCCUAUGCUUUCGACCGAUCAGGACGUCGAUGAGUGUGCAGAUCUGAUGUCGAAGUUGGAUCUCGCUAUUGAGUCCGACGGACCUCCUGUACAUCUUGAAUCAGGCCUUCGACUCAUUCACUCCUUGAGGUCGCGCAUGACCAUGUCGAGAGAAGCGCGAUACAGCAACCCCGGACCAGGGCGCUCUGCACGGCAACGACGCUCGCCCGUUGUGCGUCUUGAAGACGCCGAUCGUGCGACAGUGGACCUUCUGUUCUGGGUCGGUGUCAUGUUCGACACGCUAUCAGCAGCCAUGCACAAGCGACCACUGGUGGUAUCGGAUGAAGAUAGCGAUGUAGUCAUGAGCGAAAGCAUGCAGAUUGAGCACUCGGCCCAACAAGCGGCAACACCUUCCUCAACAGACGAUGGACUGUGGGACGACUACUUGUUCUCUCGGCAACAGCAGAAUCCAGAACAUGCGCCCACAAGAUGGCCAUGCUCAUUCGAUGAAGCCGCAGCUGCGUUGUGUGACGCAGCCCCGGUCAAGGUGUUGCUGUUCAGAAGAGUCUGUCGGAUCCAGACGCUUCUCACAAGAAAUGCACGAGGCGCGAAGGUCGAAGAGGCUGUCAGUGCCGCAAUGGACGUGUGUAACCACUGGGAUGCGCUGUAUGCGCCCUUCGUCCGAGACUGCAUACAGAACCACGACCGCCUUCCACCACGCGUCCAAUCAUGGUACGUAUGCGUCACCGGACACUGGCACCUUGCGACUCUCCUUCUUGCGGACUUGAUGGAAGUGGUAGACGAAUCAGAGCUUGGACUUGAGGAAGCCACACAUCAACGGAAUAUUAGUGCCUUCAUCGCGAAAUUCCGCGAGAACCAAUGCCGGGUCCUAUCAGACCUAGCGAGCUGUGCAUGCCCGCGGGAAGACGCAUCAUUCGCACAGUCCGAGUUCCAUUUCGCAGUCAACGAAGGCGCACUGCUGACGGAGCCAUGGACUGUAGUGUUGAUUCGCGCGUUCGCCAAGGCAGGCGUACUGUUGCUUGAGUCAGAUACUCUGCUGCCGUCAGACCUGGAUCGAGAGGAUGCUUUUCAACGCGCGGAUGCUUGUAUUAAGGCGUUGUGGUUUUUGGGUAGAAAAUCGGAUAUGGCCCUUUCGGCGGCGAAUAUCUUGGGAGAGGCGUUGAAGCUGCGACGCAAAAGUGCGCAAGAUCGGGUUAGCGACAUGAGCGUGUUUUUGGAGAGUGAGCUGUUAUGGGACACUAUUAAGAAGCACGAAGAAAGCGUACCCGUCGCGCAACUCGCCGAAGAGCAUCACCGGCGUCAUGGCAGGUCACUCCGCAUUGCUGUCGACGAGGCUGAUUGGCGCUUCAACAACCUCACGGUGCAGCAAGUUUACACUAUACGGGAGACCUCCAACGAGUACGCCUACCAAGGCAUCGAGAAAGCCAUGUUCUACCGUAUCUGCCGCCUCCUCACCCUAAACAUUCAGCUCAUAUUCGUGUUCGAUGGCCCCGGUCGACCUUGGAAGCGGGGAAAGCGAGGUGGGCAACGGAUAAACUACGAAGAGCAGCGCUUGCUCAAGGAGAUGCUUCAAUACUUUGGGAUCCCAUACCACGAGGCCCCGGGGGAAGCAGAGGCAGAAUGCGCCCGUCUGCAGAUUCUGGGCAUGGUUGACGCUGUUUGGUCGCAAGAUUCUGACUGUAUCAUGUUUGGCUGCACCCUCUGGCUACGCGAUCACCGUGUCGCGAAAGAAAAGGGCACGACAGACAGGUCCAAGGAGAACACCAAGAAGAAUGGGAAAUACGCCAGCGUUGUUCGAGCACACGAUCUGAAAGAGAAAUAUGGCCUAGACCGAGAAGGACUUGUGCUCUUUGCCAUGCUUGUAGGUGGGGACUACGACGUGAAAGGUCUACCACAGUGUGGGCCGGCUCUAGCCUUGCAGGCAGUCAAGCAAGGACUCGGUCGGCGGCUUUGUGCCUGUCGAGAUCAGAUGGAGUGCGGCAUGUGGACUGUGGAGCUGGCCAUGUUCCUGGAGCGGAGUGCUCGCGGGCGCGCUAUCGAAAUCCCGCCAGCCUUCCCAGACUUCAAGACCUUACAAAAGUACUACAAACCGAAAGUCACCAGCGACACAGAUUUACUUAGCAAGUCGCGCCUCAACCUUGACUAUCUUCGCCCGAUCCAGGAGCUGAAGUUGCUUACACUUACCAGCGAGCGCUUCAACAUAUGGGGACGUUUAUACAUGAACUGGAUUGGGCCUGUGCUGCUGACACGAAACCUCACCGCAAGAGAUCCGUCUCUACCACAAGAACUGGUCCACGGCAUCAGGCUCACAAAGCAAAAAGCGAAGAAGACCGACAACGAACUAACCAUACGCAGCUUCGAACGUAAGCUGACCUUUUCACCCUUUGGCGUCACUACCCUGAGCAGGGCCGACUUCGAGGGCGAGCGGUUAGGGUGCUGGAACGGAGACAAGGAGACCCUGUUUGACCCAGAGCAUCGUGUCGAAUGCGAAUAUCCCGAGUACUGGCUGCGUAAAGUUCUUCCGCCGGACGUACUGGAACCGCCCCCUGCACCACCAAAGCGUACGCCAAAACGCAAGCGACCAAUAGCUGAAGUUGGGGAAGACGGCGAAGCCUCAGGCACAGCUAAGCGAAAACGUACGAACAAAAGAGACGAUAUAUCCGCUGCCCGGGCUACAUACAGUGCAUCCCCCAGGAAAUCCAGAGGACCAGCUGCAAAAGCCAAGUCUCAAGAUACGAAAAUGACGCCCACAGCACAAAAGAUCUUCGAUUAUAUUGCACUCUCGGACUCUGAAGAUGAGGGUGGGCUUUCUCUACCAGCCAACGCUCGCUCUCAAGAACCUGCAUUGAAUCAGCCGACGACAUCUCAUAUCAUCGAUCUUGGUUCGCCUGAGCCGUCAGAUCAGGAGAACGAUUCACCCGUUUCGGAUCCUUUCCGAAAUCCUGUAGCAAACACAUUGCCAUUCGAUAUCCCAGAUGAAGAAGACGAAGAGCUGCAGUUAGCUUUGCGGCUAAGCAUGCAAGAUCAAGGCGCCAAGAUACCCCCAAUACAAAGGCCUUCCACUUUACCGUCUUCACAUCGUGGCAGAUACGAAAGCAUCUUCGCAAUGAGAGAAGCCGGCAGAGAUGUACACGGGGCCUCUGUACCUGCUUGGUCGCUGGAUGAAGCACUGAGCGCGGCCGUGCCCUCCAGAGCUUCUCAAAAUCCCCGACGAGUGGAGAAUGAAUCGCGCAUAUCAAGCAUGCCAAUGAGGGGUGUUCACGCAGGUCUUAUAGGAAGGGAACCAGUCGACCUACCUGACUGGUCGCGCCCUCCCCCGCGCGCUAAUCUAUUACCAGUGUCUGCAACGCUACCUUCGAAUCCAAAUACAGAAGAUCAAGUUACACCAUCUCCUGCACCUACCGCAGCUGAGAUACGCGCUGCUCGGCUUCGACACUUCGCAACGACGCCUCCCGACCCUGCCAAGGACGCAAACGAGCCACGUACUUCUUCGUUUGCUGUCAUGCCAAACAAACAACCAACAAGUACUUAUAAGGUACCAGUGGGGGUUGAGUGUAUUGAUCUGACGGAUGACUGA